AAAGGCAUGGCUAGUUCAGUAACAAGCUUGGCUGUCUCACUCACUCCCUCAAACAAACUUGGGCACCAUGAUCUUCCUAAUGGAUUUACAGAUGAUGAUGCUGGACAUUGUGUUCUUCAUCCUGCGCUCUUGUCUGCGCAUCGUGCUGAGACCACGUACGAAGCCCAUAGACGGCGAGUUGGUGUUGAUCACCGGCUCUGGGGGAGCACUGGGCCGCCUGUUCGCCCUGGAGUUCUCGAAACACGGCGCAGAAGUGGUGCUGUGGGACAUCAACGGAGACGCUAAUGAGGAGACAGCCAAGAUGGUGAGGGCGCAAGGGGGCCAGGCACACGGGUACACGGUGGAUGUGACAAACCGAGAAGAAGUGUACCGCACUGCCGAACAGGUACGGAAGGAUGUGGGACGGGAUGUGACCUACUUGGUGAAUAAUGCCGGGGUGGUGGCCGGUGAGAGACUCCUGGACUGCCCAGAUACCAUGGUGGAGAGGACACUGAAAGUAAACUGCCACGCCCUCUUCUGGACUGUCAAGGCGUUCCUCCCUCAGAUGAAGGCCAAUAAUCAUGGCCACAUCAUCACUAUUGCCAGUGUACUUGGACUCUUCAGCACAGCCUGUGUAGAGGAUUACUGUGCCAGUAAGUUUGCCGCGGUGGGGUUUCAUGAGUCUCUGGCCCAUGAACUGCUGACGGAAGAGGACGUGGAUGGAGUGAAGACCACUCUUGUGUGCCCUUAUGUUGUGGACACUGGCAUGUUUGAUGGCUGCAGGAUUAGGGAAGAGGUUGAACUGAUCCUGCCUCCACUGGAGCCCUUGUACUGCGUACAGCAGGCUAUGAAUGCCAUUCUCAUAGACCAGCCGCUAGUGUGCAUCCCCAGACUAACCUACUUCCCCUUCCUGGCCAGAGCCCUGUUUCCAUGGGAAUCCAAUGUGGUGACAUAUCGCUUUAUGGGUUCAGACCGAUGCAUGUACCCUUUCAUUGAGAACAUGAGGAAGAAAAGAGCAGCCAACGGCCCAAUAAAGGCUGCUUAAACAUCCAGAACACUCAAAUUUGACGGGUCUUUUUUGAACAGCUGCAGCAAAUAAUGCGUGGAAUAUUCUUUGAAUUGGUUGGAUGUGUGCGUAUGUCACUGUUUGGAGUGAAAUGGGUUUCUUCUGGUUAUGUAGGCCCACUUCAGUUGUGUUCUGUUUUUCAGGCUGGCUAAUCAAUCAUGCGUGAGUCGUUCAACAACCACUGAUAUGGCUCACAUCUGAAAUGUGUUUUUAAGCUGGAUUGGGACUGGACUGAAGGUCAUUGGGCAUAAUAACCAUUUAAAUAAGAGUGUACUGGUGUUUCCCCCCCCUGUGGCUUCCAAUUAUAUUGAAAACAAUUUGCUGCUUGUACUUGUUCAUAAAAACAAACCGCAAGUUCCAAAUCUGGUUGUAUUGUUGUUGUUUUUCUCUCUCUUAUCUUUUCUUUAGUUUAGUUUUUAGUCCCGAUUACAUCUGGCAAAGCGACUACCAACAAAAACUAGCCUUUAGGCCAAUUUGGGUACAUUUACAUUCAGGAAUGUUGAUUAACACUGCCCCUUUAGAAGUAAUGCAAGUUCUGUAAUCAAUCACUAGUAAAAUAACAUUCAUUUUUCAAUCUUAUUUUUUAAAACAAUGUAACAUAUGUUACUUCUUUGAAAAAUGUACUUGUUUUUUCCCAUUUAAUGAUUGACACCUCUCCUGUCCCCAUGUUGAGAGAAUGAGUAAGUGCAGAGGUGUUGUGUGCACACAGUGAGACCAUGUCAGUUAUAAUAGUUCUAUUAUAGUUCUCAUAAUUAUAAUAGUUCUCAAAAACAGAUUCAGUGAUCCUUAAAAAUGAAUAUAAAAACAUUGAGAUGCAAACAGAUUAUUACGCAAACCUGCAAUACUUAAUAAAUGUUACAUUAAAUGUA